UCCUUUCUGUUAGGUACACCCAGUAUUGAAGAACGUGAAAGUGGUGCCAAUCGUGUCGAGGUUUAUAACUGCUCAUGCGGCCAAGAGGUGCGUUACCCAAGAUACAAUGAUCCUGCAAAGCUGCUCGAAACAAGGUUCGCCAUAUUUUUGUUCACGACAGCGUCAGCCUUGCAUAAAAAUCACACUUUCUUCAGGAAAGGUCGCUGUGGAGAGUUUGCCAACUGUUUUGCACUGAUGGCUGCAGCCAUGGAUUUUGACGUUCGCUUCAUCUACGAUGUCAGUGAUCAUGUUUGGGUUGAAGUGUGGAUACCCGAAUACGACAACUGGGUUCAUUGUGAUCCAUGCGAAAAUACUAUAGACCGUCCAUUAAUCUAUGAAAAGGGUUGGGGCAAGAAAUUGAGCUAUGUGAUAGCAUUUGGAACAGAUCAUGUUUAUGAUGUCACUUGGAGGUAUACCGUAGACCACAAGCAAACUAUGAAAUUGAGGAAUCAAGUUCGAGAAGCUGUUUUGAGCAAUUUUUUAAUGGUAUUUUUUCUCUCGAAGUAUGGACGAUAUAGCAACUCAACGCAGGAAAGAGUUAAAGAACUGCGAAGACGACGAGUUCGCGAGUUAGUCGAGUUUUUGGUUAUUGGAAAACGACAAACCGAUGGAGAUAACUAUGGGGGAAGAACAUCUGGUGAUGUCGCUUGGCGAGCAGCACGAUCCGAGCUUGGCUGCAGCAUUAAACAGGAUACUAUUAUAAGCCUUACUCAGGAGGAAAUCACCAACAAACAUUUU